ACCCUGCACUUGGGAGCCAGUAGCACUCCUAUCACUGCUUCUCAACCCGUGAGCUACCAGCUGUGUCAUGAGCUGCAGACAGUUCUCCUCGUCCUACUUGAGCCGCAGCGGCGGGGGUGGCGGGGGCGGCCUGGGCAGCGGGGGCAGUAUAAGGUCUUCCUACAGCCGCUUCAGCUCCUCAGGGGGCGGUGGAGGAGGGGGCCGAUUCAGUUCUUCUAGUGGCUAUGGUGGGGGAAGCUCUCGUGUCUGUGGGAGGGGAGGUGGCGGCAGUUUUGGCUACAGCUACGGUGGAGGAUCUGGGGGUGGUUUUAGUGCCAGUAGUUUAGGCGGUGGCUUUGGGGGUGGUUCCAGAGGCUUUGGGGGUGGUUCCAGUGGUGCUUCUGGAGGAGGCUAUAGUAGUUCUGGUGGUUUUGGAGGUGGCUUUGGUGGUGGUUCUGGAGGUGGCUUUGGUGGUGGCUAUGGGGGUGGGUUUGGGGGGUUUGGGGGCUUUGGAGGUGGUGCUGGAGGUGGUGAUGGUGGUAUUCUGACUGCUAAUGAGAAGAGCACCAUGCAGGAACUCAAUUUUCGGCUGGCCUCUUACUUGGAUAAGGUGCAGGCUCUAGAGGAUGCCAACAAUGACCUGGAGAAUAAGAUCCAGGAUUGGUAUGACAAGAAGGGACCUGCUGCUACCCAGAAGAACUACUCCCCUUAUUAUAAAACUAUUGAUGAUCUCAAGGACCAGAUUGUGGACCUGACAGUGGGCAACAACAAAACUCUUCUGGACAUUGACAACACUCGCAUGACACUGGAUGACUUCAGGAUAAAGUUCGAGAUGGAGCAAAACCUGCGGCAAGGAGUGGAUGCUGACAUCAAUGGCCUGCGGCAAGUGCUGGACAAUCUGACCAUGGAGAAGUCUGACCUGGAGAUGCAGUAUGAGACUCUGCAGGAGGAGCUGAUGGCCCUCAAGAAGAAUCAUAAGGAGGAGAUGAGUCAGCUGACUGGGCAGAACAGUGGAGAUGUCAAUGUGGAGAUAAACGUUGCUCCUGGCAAAGAUCUCACCAAGACCCUCAAUGAUAUGCGUCAGGAGUAUGAGCAGCUCAUUGCUAAGAACAGAAAGGACAUCGAGAAUCAAUAUGAGACUCAGAUAACCCAGAUCGAGCAUGAGGUAUCCAGUAGUGGUCAGGAGGUGCAGUCCAAUGCCAAGGAGGUGACCCAGCUCCGGCAUGGUGUCCAGGAGUUGGAGAUUGAGCUGCAGUCUCAGCUCAGCAAGAAAGCAGCUCUGGAGAAGAGCUUGGAAGACACAAAGAACCGCUACUGUGGCCAGCUGCAGAUGAUCCAGGAGCAGAUCAGUAACUUGGAGGCCCAGAUCACUGACGUCCGGCAAGAGAUCGAGUGCCAGAAUCAGGAAUACAGCCUUCUGCUCAGUAUUAAGAUGCGGCUGGAGCAGGAAAUCGAGACCUACCGCAACCUGCUUGAGGGAGGCCAGGAAGACUUUGAAUCCUCCGGAGCUGGAAAAAUUGGCCUUGGAGGUAGAGGAGGAAGUGGAGGCAGUUAUGGAAGAGGAUCCAGGGGAGGAAGUGGAGGCAGCUAUGGUGGAGGAGGAAGUGGAGUUGGCUAUGGUGGAGGAAGUGGGUCCAGGGGAGGAAGUGGAGGCAGCUAUGGUGGAGGAAGUGGUUCUGGAGGAGGUAGUGGAGGUGGCUAUGGUGGAGGAAGUGGAGGUGGCCAUAGCGGAGGAAGUGGAGGUGGCCAUAGUGGAGGAAGCGGGGGCAGCUAUGGAGGAGGAAGUGGCUCUGGAGGAGGAAGUGGGGGUGGCUAUGGUGGAGGAAGUGGGUCCAGGGGAGGAAGUGGAGGCAGCCAUGGUGGAGGAAGUGGUUUUGGAGGUGAAAGUGGAGGCAGCUACGGAGGCGGUGAAGAAGGGAGUGGAAGUGGUGGCGGCUAUGGAGGAGGAAGCGGAAAAUCAUCCCAUUCCUAGUCUUCUUCCUCAAAAUCUGGUGACGAAAAUGAGACAAAAGGCUUCCUUUCGUGAUACUAGAGCCUCUGUAAACUUCUCCUGCUCAGCCCCAUUUGAGCAUCCCCAGAUGGGCAGACCCCCGAUGAAGCCUGCUUAUUGGAUCCUGACAUCAGGAAUAGCUGGCAACAAACCCCUGUGCCCGUUUGGGACUGAACUGACUUGGCCUGUGUGCCUCUGGCUUUCCAUUGGCUUCCAACCCUGCUUGGCUUUGAUGACUUCAGGGUUGGGGAGACAGACCUCUUUCCUCUCUCUGGCCUGGGGUGCUCUCACACCCCGCAUGAUCUUGACUAUAAUAAAGCUUUCCUACUGCAAAUCAAA